CGCACAACGCUGCAGAUCCCAGUGCUCCGACAUGCGGGCCGAAUGCAGGUGAGGAAAGGCACGGACUCUGCGGCUGCGAACCCAAACUUGGGCACAGCGCGGUGCGCGCCGCUCAGCCUUCGCCUCCGUGGGCGAACUGCUGCUGCGGUUUCAGCAGGCGGCUUCGUGACUAAUGACCUUGCGCAGAGUUGUUAAGAAAAAAGAGAAAAGCAGCUUUCGGGGUGAGAAGGGACUGACUCUCUGGGCAUCUCUGAAGAUGGUCGGGGCUGCUCUUCGGCGCGUGGGGGGUACCCGGACGCGGACCGCACUGUAACGCGAGUGGUCUACGCUGCUCGGUGCCCGAAGAGAUCUGACGGGUGUUUUUCAUUCUCCGUGUGUUGACUGGCUCCCCCGCUGCUUGAGCAGAGUCGGAGUUGAGACUGGCUUGUUGCUGACCCAAGCGCCUCGUGGAGGAAGCGACUCACAUUUGCCUGGGCAGCCGGAGCAGAAGCUGGGUCUGGAGUGAGUGACUGAAACGUGAAUUGGACUCAACUCCAGUAGCAGCAAAGAAGAGCAGGGUUAGCAGGCAGGAGAGGCUGCAGGCUCGCUCCCCGCGGCUUCCCGGCUCCACCGCCCGCCUGCUGGAGCGGUACUGGCCCCAUCCGACAGAGCCAGGACGGGAGCCCGGGAUCCUCCGCCCGCUGCGAGGAUGACUCCGGGGGGGCGCGGAGCCCGCGGCGCGCAGUGUCCCGUGAACUGUGAGUACUGCGACUGAACGGCAGCCAGCGAGCGGGCGAUUAGCACCCAUUGCAUGAAUUAUGAAACAAUAACUUUCCGAAGAAGCAGGAGAAAAAAAAGCAGGAUCUAUCACUGGUUUCCCCUGGUCGACUCUACACGCUGCUCUUGCCCCCUCCCUACUCUCCCUCUGGCUUCUUCCUUUCCCGGAGAGGGGAGAGGGUUGGGAGGAGGGCAGGCGGCCGGCCCCGGAGGAGGGGGGCGCCGAGGGGGCUGUGGUUAGAAAGAGCAGUAGCAGCAGCAGCAGGAGAAGAUGCUGAGGAUGCGGACCACGGGAUGGGCGCGCGGCUGGUGCCUGGGCUGCUGUCUCCUCUUGCCGCUUUCGCUCAGCCUGGCUGCCGCCAAGCAACUCCUUCGGUACCGACUGGCCGAGGAGGGCCCCGCAGACGUCCGCAUCGGUAACGUCGCCUCGGACCUGGGCAUCGUGACCGGUUCGGGUGAGGUGACUUUCAGCCUCGAGUCAGGCUCGGAGUACCUGAAGAUCGACAACCUCACGGGAGAGCUGAGCACGAGUGAGCGGCGCAUCGACCGCGAGAAGCUGCCCCAGUGUCAGAUGAUCUUCGACGAAAACGAGUGCUUCCUGGACUUCGAGGUGUCCGUGAUCGGGCCCUCGCAGAGCUGGGUGGACCUGUUCGAGGGUCGAGUCAUCGUGCUGGACAUCAACGACAACACGCCCACCUUCCCUUCGCCGGUGCUCACCCUCACGGUGGAGGAGAACAGGCCGGUGGGCACUCUGUACCUGCUGCCCACCGCCACCGACCGCGACUUCGGCCGCAACGGCAUCGAGCGCUACGAGCUGCUCCAGGAGCCCGGGGGAGGCGGCGGCGAAGGUCGGCGCGCCGGGCCUGCCGACAGCGCCCCCUACCCCGGGGGCGGCGGGAACGGCGCGAGCGGCGGCGGCUCCAAGCGGCGGCUGGACGCACCAGAGGGUGGCGGCGAGCCCAGCCCUGGCGGCCGCAGCAGCGUGUUCGAACUGCAGGUGGCUGACACCCCGGAUGGCGAGAAGCAGCCGCAGCUGAUCGUGAAGGGAGCGCUGGACCGUGAGCAGCGCGACUCCUAUGAGCUGACCCUGAGGGUGCGCGACGGUGGCGACCCGCCCCGCUCCUCACAGGCCAUCCUGCGGGUGCUCAUCACCGACGUGAACGACAACAGCCCCCACUUCGAGAAGAGCGUGUAUGAAGCUGACCUGGCGGAGAACAGCGCCCCGGGGACCCCCAUCCUGCAGCUGCGUGCCACUGACCUAGACGUGGGGGUCAACGGGCAGAUCGAGUAUGUGUUCGGGGCGGCUACUGAGUCCGUGAGGCGGCUGCUGCGCCUGGACGAGACGUCCGGCUGGCUCAGUGUCCUGCACCGAAUAGACCGCGAGGAGGUGAACCAGCUGCGCUUCACCGUCAUGGCCCGCGACCGCGGGCAGCCCCCCAAGACCGACAAGGCCACCGUGGUCCUCAUCAUCAAGGAUGAGAACGACAACGUGCCGUCCAUUGAAAUCCGAAAGAUUGGGCGUAUCCCACUCAAGGACGGGGUGGCCAACGUGGCCGAGGACGUUCUCGUCGACACCCCCAUCGCCCUGGUGCAGGUGUCCGACCGAGACCAAGGCGAGAACGGGGUAGUCACCUGCACCGUGGUGGGAGACGUGCCCUUCCAGCUCAAGCCAGCCAGCGACACGGAGGGCGACCAGAACAAGAAAAAAUACUUCCUGCACACCUCGGCCCCUCUGGACUAUGAGACCACCCGGGAGUUUAACGUGGUCAUAGUGGCAGUGGACUCCGGCAGUCCCAGCCUCUCCAGCAACAACUCUCUGAUUGUCAAGGUGGGAGACACCAACGACAACCCGCCUGUCUUCGGCCAGUCUGUGGUGGAGGUUUACUUUCCUGAGAACAACAUCCCUGGUGAAAGGGUGGCCACCGUGCUGGCGACUGACGCCGACAGCGGGAAAAACGCGGAGAUAGCUUACUCGCUGGAUUCCUCUGUGAUGGGGAUUUUUGCCAUCGAUCCCGAUUCUGGGGACAUCCUUGUCAAUACUGUGCUGGACCGCGAGCAGACUGACAGGUAUGAGUUUAAAGUUAACGCCAAAGACAAAGGCAUCCCGGUGCUGCAGGGCAGCACCACAGUGAUCGUGCAGGUGGCUGACAAGAAUGACAAUGACCCUAAGUUUAUGCAGGACGUCUUUACCUUUUAUGUGAAAGAAAACUUGCAGCCCAACAGCCCCGUAGGUAUGGUCACGGUGAUGGAUGCUGACAAGGGGCGCAAUGCAGAGAUGAGCCUGUACAUAGAGGAGAACAGUAAUAUUUUUUCCAUUGAAAAUGACACGGGAACUAUUUACUCCACAAUGUCUUUUGACCGGGAACAUCAGACCACAUAUACAUUCAGAGUCAAGGCUGUGGACGGAGGAGAUCCUCCCAGAUCAGCCACAGCCACAGUCUCUCUCUUUGUUAUGGAUGAAAAUGACAAUGCUCCCACAGUUACCCUUCCCAGAAACAUUUCCUACACUUUACUGCCACCUUCAAGUAAUGUCAGGACAGUGGUAGCUACAGUGUUGGCAACAGACAGUGAUGAUGGCAUCAAUGCAGAUCUUAACUACAGCAUUGUGGGAGGGAAUCCCUUCAAGCUAUUUGAGAUUGAUUCCACCAGUGGUGUGGUUUCCUUAGUGGGAAAACUCACCCAAAAGCAUUAUGGCUUGCACAGGUUGGUGGUGCAAGUGAAUGACAGUGGGCAGCCUUCCCAGUCCACCACGGCUCUGGUGCAUGUGUUUGUCAAUGAAAGUGUCUCUAAUGCAACUGUGAUUGACUCCCAGAUAGCCAGAAGUUUGCACACCCCACUCACCCAAGAUAUAGCUGGUGACCCAAGCUAUGAAAUUAGCAAACAGAGACUCAGUAUUGUCAUUGGAGUGGUUGCUGGAAUUAUGACAGUGAUUCUAAUCAUCUUAAUUGUAGUGAUGGCAAGGUACUGCCGGUCCAAAAAUAAAAAUGGUUAUGAGGCUGGCAAAAAAGAUCACGAAGACUUUUUUACACCCCAACAGCAUGACAAAUCUAAAAAGCCUAAAAAGGACAAGAAAAACAAAAAGUCUAAGCAGCCACUCUACAGCAGCAUUGUCACUGUAGAAGCUUCUAAACCAAAUGGACAGAGGUAUGAUAGUGUCAAUGAGAAGCUGUCGGACAGCCCCAGCAUGGGCAGAUACCGAUCAGUUAAUGGUGGGCCUGGGAGUCCUGACCUGGCCAGGCAUUACAAAUCUAGUUCCCCAUUGCCUACUGUCCAGCUUCACCCCCAAUCACCAACUGCAGGAAAAAAACACCAGGCCGUACAAGAUCUACCACCAGCCAACACAUUUGUGGGAGCAGGAGACAACAUUUCAAUUGGAUCAGAUCACUGCUCUGAAUACAGCUGUCAGACCAAUAACAAGUACAGCAAACAGGUAAGGUGCAUCUCAGAAAUAUUUAAAUAUCCCAGAGAAGCCUAAUAACUCUGAGACAGAGCAUCUUCUGCAAAGUUGGGUCUUCUAUCUUUUAAAAGCUGUGAUUGAAAAUUUUAAUAGCAGGAAUUUAAUGUUAACUCAUACAUCAUUAAUUUGGUAGAGGCCAUCUAUGCAAGUUACACCACUGUAUUUUGCAAGUUAGACCAAUGUUUACUAAGCUACUAAAGAAAAUAUUCAUAGUAGGCAGUGUUUUGUACCUCUCUUUGUACAUGACAGCCCCAAUUCAUCCUACAUUUUGUGUUUCCAGAACAAAUAUGCAUAUAUUGUUUGAUGGUUUGCUUUAACUAAACAAUUAUUUUCUACUAAGUGAAACAUUGCAUCCAGAGAGAAUUUCUAAAGUUACUACUGGUGUCUGUGUAACUUGGACACUAUAAGUUUUAGGUGUGUUACACAUUAUAUGACAUUUUACAGAUAAAAAGAUGCUGAGUCACGCAAAUGUUGUACCAAGUCUGAGAUACAGAAGUAUUGACUUUGUUUAAAAAUAUCUAGUGAUAUGCAAAUGGAGCGCAAAACCACAUUUUUAGUACUUCUAUAUCUAUAACAGUUAGACUUCUCUGAGGUUAUAUAAUCAACAUUUGCAUUCUCCACGUUUGGUGUUCA